CAGUCCCAGGACAUGAUCCGGUGAAAUAUCCUCUCCGAGCGCCCGAAGUUCAUCUUCUGUUACCACGGGCCACUUAUCCGUUUGACUGCGCCUUGACUUCAGAAUCUGGCGUUCAUCGAAGAAGAAAUGAGCAAGGAUGGUGAGAGUUAAAUCGAGGUAUUUGCUAUGUGAGAUCAACGUGUCUGACAGGAGUAGGCUCUUGUUCCUGAAUGACGGAGCUAUCGCCGCGGCGGUGAAAGAAGCGGUGUCCCGCAUACACGUGAAAUACCUGAAUACCCAAACAGGAAUGGUAUUCCUGCGUUUCCCUAAAAGAAGCUACAAACUGCUGUGGUCAGCGUUGCCAUUCAUCACCAGUAUUGAAACCCGCUACCAGAAAAUACAAUGUUUUCUCAACUGUCUGCAUGUAGGAGGAACAAUCAGAACUUGUCAGAAGUUUCUGGUACGAUACAACACACGGCAACUCUAUCGAAUGCUCCCCGAUUGUAAAAAUGAGGAAGAAGAAAAACAGAUUCGCAGAGCUAUCCUAAGUUGCUCCAUAAUACAAGGGGCAUUUGAAGAUGAACCAGAGAAUGAUGAUGAUGAAGACGAAGUGUAAUCUGAGGAACACUGAUCACACUUUAAUGACUUUUGUUCAUUUUUAUCAUGUCUUGUGCUGCAUUUUUUUGUCAAAUAAAAUGAAAAAUGUUAUUUGCUGGAUGUUGUUUUUUUUAUAUUUUGAGAGUAUAUUUUUAUAAAGCUACACUACAAAUCAGGUGAAUGUGGUCAACACACAGCAACAAAUAAAGACAAGGAAAUAAAAAUGCGGUCUUUUGUUUACAGAUUCUUACUGUGCCGGUUUUUGUGGGAGAAUAUUCUGUAAUAGUUUUGUUUCUGUACAAUGCCAUUUUUCUCCAUCCAGAUUUGACAUUUGAGUGGUCAAUCAUCUUGAAUGAGAAGACCUUUGGCUCACAUUUUAUACCCAUUUAGUGAGUCUCAAAGUGUGUUAUCCAUGGCACUAAUGCUACACAGACGAAAAGGAAUUUGUGUGUAUGUACAAACAAUAUUCCAAUAAAGUUGGGGCAUUGUGUUCAACAAAAUACAAUGAUUUGCAUAUAAUGUUGAAACUAUAAUUAAUUGAACACACUACAAAGACAUUUAAUGUUCAAACUGAUAAAUUUAUUGUUUUUAGCAUAUAAUCAUCUUCGAAUUUUAUGGCUGCAACACAUUUAAAAAAAGCUGUGAUAGGUGGCAUAAAAUACUGAGAAAGUUGGGGAAUGCUCGUCAAACACCUGCUUAGAACUUCCCACAGGUGAACAGGAUAUUUGGGAACAGGUGGGUGCCAUGAUUGGGAUAAAAGGAACUUCUGUGAAUUGUUCAGUCAUUCACAAGCAAAGAUGAGGCAAAUUUCACCUCAUAGUGGAAAAAGUGCAUAAGAAAAGUGUUGAACAGUUUUCAAUGUUCCUCAGAAGGAGCUACAUUGUUGUCUUUGUGGAUCGAGAGAAAACCUAUGACAAAGUACCAAGAGAGGAACUGUGGUACUGCAUGUGGAAGUCUGGUGUGGUGGAGAACUGUCAGAAUAGUGCAGGACAUGGAUGAGGGCAGCAGAACAGUGGUGAGGUGUGCCGUAGGCGUAACAGAAGAAUUUAAGGUGAAGGUGAGAUUGCAUCAGGGAUCAGCUCUGAGCCCCUUCCUGUUCGCUGUGGUAAUGGAUAGUGUGACAGAUGAGGUUAGACUGGAAUCCCCUUGGAACAUGAUGUUUGUAGAUGACAUUGUGAUCUACAGUGUAAGCAGGGAGCAGGUGGAGGAACAAUGAGAAAGAUGGAGGCAUCCACUGGAACAGAGAGGAAUGAAGAUUAGCUGAAAAACUGUAAAACAGAAUAUGCGCGUGGAUGGGAAAGAGUGAGGCUACAGGGAGAAAAGAUAGCGAGGGUGGAUGACUUCAAAUACUUGGGGUCAACAAUCCAGAGCAAUAGUGAGUGUGGUAAGGAAGUGAAGAAACGGGUCCAAGCAGGUUGGAACAGCUGGCGGAAGCUGUCUGGUGUGUUAUGUGACAGAAGAGUCUCUGCUAGGAUGAAGGGCAAAGUUUAUAAAACAGUGGAGAGCCCGGCCAUCAUGUACGGAUUAGAGACGGUGGCACUGAAGAGACAACCAACAGGAAGCAGAACUGGAGGUGGCAGAAAUGAAGAUGUUGAGGUUCUCGCUUGGAGUGAGCAGGUUGGAUAGGAUUAGAAAUGAGCUCAUUAGAGGGACAGCUCAAGUUGGAUGUUUUGGAGACGGGGUUUGAGAGUGUAGACUUCGAUGGUUUGAAAAUCUCCAGAGGCGAAAGACUGAGGGUAUUGGUAGAAGGGUGCUGAAGAUGGAGCUGCCAGGCAAACCAGCGAGAGGAAGACCAAAGUAAAGGUUGAUUGAUGUUGUGAGGGAAGACAUGAGGAAAGUGGGUGUGAGAGAGAAGAUACACGAGAUGGGCUUAGAUGGAAAAAGAUGACACGCUGUGGUGACCCCUUAUGGGAAAAGUUGAAAAGAAAAGAAGUUCAUCAAUGUACAAUUGUAAGGAAUUUAGGAACAUCAUCACCUACGGUCUCUAAUAAAAGCUUCAGAGAAUCUGGAGAAAUCCCUGCAUGUAAGCAGCAAGGGCGCGAGCCAACAUGAAUGCCUGUGACCUUCGACCCCUCAGUCAGCACUGUAUCAAAAAAAAUCCUCAAUUUGUAAGGAUAUCACCACAUGGGCUCAAGAAUGCUUAAAAAGCAAACAACUAUUUUCCAAGCCACGUCCUCACAGGCGUUGUGCGAGUGCUGGAGCCUAUUCUAGCUAUCUUUGGGCAGGAGGUACAUCUUGGACUGUUUGUAAGCCAAUUGCAAGGCACAUAUUAACAAACAACCACUCCCACUCACAUUCACACCUACAGACAAUUUAGGGUCUCCAUUUGACGUACAAUGCAUGUUUUUUGGGGAUGUGGGAGGAAACUGGAGUGGCUGGAGAAAACUCACGUAGGGGAGAAAAAGCAAACUCCACAAAGGGGGGGACCGGGUUUUGAACCCCAGCCCUCUGAACUAUUGAGGCACUGGCCCUAACCAGUCAUCCACUGUUCCAAAAACCAAUGUCAGUCAAUACAGUUUGUCGUUAAAUCCGUAAAUGCAAUUUUAAAACCUUACUAUCCAAAGCAAAAGCCAUUUAUCAACAACACCAGCUUCUCUGGGCUAAACCUCAUCUAAGAUGGAGUGAUCCAAAGUGGAUAAAGUGUUCUGUGGCCCGACAACUCCACAUAUUAAAUUGUUCUUGGAAAUUGUGGACGACCAAAGAGGGAAAGAACCAUCUGGGCUCUUAUGGAUCCAAAGUUUUAAAAAAAUGGCAUCUGUGAUGGAAUGGGGUUGUGUUAGUGCCAAUGGCAUAGGUAACUUACACAUCUGUGAAGGUCCGAUUAUUGCUGAAAGGUACAUGCAGGUUUUGGAGAAACAUGUGGUGCCAAUCAACCAAUGUCUUUUACACGAAUCCCCAGCUUAUUUCAGCACGACAUUACCAAAUCACGUUCUGCAUGUGUUACAAUAGUGUGGCUUGGUAGGAAAAGAGUGCAGGAACUAGAUUGGCCUGCCUGCAGUUCCAAUCUAUCUCCCACUGAAAAUAUGUUGGGCAUUAUGAAUAAUAAAAUACAACAACUGAGACCCUGGACUUUUGAACAUCUGAAUCAGAAUUAGAUUUAAGAGAAUUAAAUUCACUAACUACAACUACUACUACUACUACUAACUACAAAUGCAGCCCUAUGGGGGCACAAACCAGUGCAAUCUGUAGGCCGGUCCCAAGCCCGGAUAAAUGCAGACGGUUGCGUCAGGAAGGGCAUCCGGCAUAAAAACUGUGCCAAACAAAUAUGAGCGUUCAUCUAAAGAAUCCCAUACCGGAUCGGUUGUGGCCCGGGGUAACAACGCCCGCCCCCGGCACUGCUAACCUGCAGGGCGUCGGUGGAAAUUCAGCUACUGUGGGUCGAAGACAAAGAAGAGGAGGAAACCGGAUCCAGCGUCAGAAGAAAAAGAGGAAUGCACAGAGCCUACAACUGAGUGUAGGGACUUUGAAUGUUGGGACUAUGACAGGAAAAGCUCAGGAGUUGGUUGACAUGAUGAUUAGGAGAAAGGUUGAUAUUCUGUGCAUCCAAGAGAGCAGGUGGAAAGGUAGUAAGGCUAGAAGUUUGGGAGCAGGGUUUAAAUUAUUCUACCACGGAGUAGAUGGGAAGAGAAAUGGAGUAGGGGUUAUUUUAAAGGAAGAGCUGGCUAAGAAUGUCUUGGAGGUGAAAAGAGUAUCAGAAUGAGUGAUGAGACUAAAAUUUGAAAUUGAGGGUGUUAUGUAUAAUGUGGUUAGCGGCUAUGCACCACAGGUAGGAUGUGACCUAGAGUUGAAAGAGAAAUUCUGGAAGGAACUAGAUGAAGUAGUUCUGAGCAUCCCAGACAGCGAGAGAGUUGUGAUUGGUGCAGAUUGUAAUGGACAUAUUGGUAAAGGAAACAGGGGCGAUGAAGAAGUGAUGGGUAAGUACGGCAUCCAGGAAAGGAACUUUGAAGGGCAGAUGGUGGUGGACUUUGCAAAAAGGAUGGAGAUGGCUGUAGU